AUGGGGUUCGGAGCAAAGUGGAGAGGAUGGAUGGAAAAGCUCGUUUUCAAAAGUCAUAUGUCCAUUCUUGUGAAUGGAAGUUCGACGGAAGAUUUUGAGGUGGGGAAGGGGUUGAGACAAGGUGAUCCCCUAUCACCCUUUCUCUUUGUUUUGGUGACGGAAGGUUUAACGGGUUUGGUGAGGAAAUCUAUUGAGAUUGGGGAAUUUGAUUAUUUUUCUAUCAAUCGGAAUUGUCCUAUUGAUAUCCUUCAAUUUGCGGAUGAUACUUUGUUGGUGGGGAAAGGAAAUUGGAAGCAUAUUUGGGCUAUAAAGGCGGUGCUUAAGGCUUUUGAGUUGGUGUCGGGUUUAGGCAUUAAAUAUCAUAAAAGCAAGCUUAUUGGGAUCAAUCUCAAUGGGAGUUUUUUGGAAGCGGCCUCAAAUGUUUUAUCUUGUAAGGUUAAAGAUAGUAAUUUCUUUUUUCUUGGGAUUCCGGUGGGGUAUAAUCCUAGAAAAAAUGAGACUUGGGAACCUCUUUUAUCCAAGAUGAGAAACCGGUUGGCGGAUGCCGACAAAGGUGGCGAGGGAGUUCACGCGUCUUCAAAGCGGUUUCUUAUGGGGGGGGGAGGUGAGGAUAAGAGAUGUAUCCAUUGGAUUAGUUGGAGGGAGGUGACUAAACCUUUUGAGAAGGGGGGGUUAGGCAUAAAAAACAUAGAGGAUUUUAAUUUGUCUCUUUUGAGUAAAUGGAGAUGGAAGAUUAUUCAAGGGGCGGAUUCUCUUUGGUACAAGGUUCUAAAGGAGAGGUAUGGGGAUUUGGUGUUAAAGGUGAUGGGAGGGGCCGUUGAUCCAAUAGAGAGGAGAAAGGCGUCGUUUUGGUGGAAGGAUUUAAUGAAAUUGGGGAGUAACUCUUUUUUUGACCCGUUUCUUUCUUCUUGUAGGUUUCUCUUGCGGAAUGGUUAUAACAUCCCUUUUUGGGACGUUAUGUGGUUGAACGGGUUGAUUUUGAAAGAGGUGUUUUCGAAUCUCUAUGAGGCUUCUAGUUUGAAAAUGGUGUUGGUGGCGGCAAUGGGAGGAUGGGUGGAUAAUAGGUGGACGUGGGGUAAUUGUGGUAUUUCCGAGAAUCGGCUUCUUGAGCAUGAGGUGGCGGUUGAAUGA